AUGGACGCGCUGGAGGCGGUGGCGCGGUGGCACCUGGGCGGCGAGACGUCGACGACGCUCGUGGUGAAGGAGGUGACGGAUGUGAUCGUGAACGAGGUCACGAGCUUUCCGGCGAAUAAGUUGGUGGUCGGGGAGACGCCGAGCGUGGCGAUGCACGUGCCUGUGCCGAGUUUGCGAGCGACGACGCUCAUGCCGGGAAGCGUCGGGGCGCUGGGCGCGGGACGGAGCGCGGAGAACCCAGGGACGGAGGGUGGGACGAUGCCGAUCACGUUGCCGACGUGGGAGAAGUGGACGCAGCCGACCACGGCGCUGGCGCUGCGAACGGUGCUGAUGGUGACGAGCGCCCUUGCCGCAGCGGGCGGCGUGCGAGUAACGGGCGACGACCAAGCAUCGAUGAAGAAUAGAGUUUUUGUCCUCUUGCCGGAAGGAAGCGCGAUGGGUGACGUCAAGGGCGUGUACGAGCGGCUUUGGCCUGAUUGUCCGUACGAGUUUGCGACGUAUUCGCGCAGUGGGAUUGCUGAAGUCGCCGCGAGCGACGUGUGCGCCAAGCGACUCAAGGGGCAAAAGAAGCUUGUGCUCUUGGUGAAUCUCUCGGCGCCAGGCGACGAGGACGCGGCGGAAUCGGACGGCGAGGCCAUGGUCAACGCCGUCGAGCUUCUUCUUGAGAAGAACAUUGCUUUCGUGCAGCUCACGCUGUGGUUAGAUAACUCGCUCGCGGUUGCGGUGAAGACAGGCAAGACGCGAAACGUCGAAAAGGAUAGGCUCAAAACGUUGAUGGAAGGUCGCACAAAAAUUCUGCUCGGCCGGUCUGUGAAGCGCGUGCAGGCGAGAAAGGAUGUACUUCAGGCUUUUGAGGCGGCGAAAGAUGAUCCGCAAGGUCGUGCGCUUGUCGUACUCGAGGAGGCGCUUGCUGAGGCGCGAACUCUUGGAGCGAUGGGAGAAGAAGGAGAAAGGCUGAUGCGCGAGAUCCGACGCAAAGCUAGCGCCGCCGAAGAGCUUGCCCUCGCUAACGCUCUGAGAGCAGCGUGCUUACAGGUUCCAUUAGAUUUUCAAGCGCUACAGGCAACGUACGCCCGAGCACAAAUUUUUCUUCGAGGCGUGGACAUGGACGAUGUCAUAGCAAGCGUCGACGAACUGAACCAAGAUCCAGACGAGCAAAUGGCGUCGACGUCCUAUGACCCGGAUCCUUUUGCGGCUAUGAUGGAAGAGUCUGCUUCAGAAGGAGGCGCGAAACAGAAGAACGCGCGUAGCGCGCUGACAGAAGCGGUGAUCGGUGCUGAGCGAGCGUUACGAGCUGCGGCUCUCGAGGAGGAUCUGCGGAUCGCUUUAGCGGACGAGUCAAGCAGAACUAUCGAGUCGGUGCCGCGUCUGGAAGCCCUAUUGCUACAUGCGACGAAGUUGGCGGCGAGUGGACCGCCUCUGACGCAAGCAGGGGCGGCUAAACUGAACACUCUUGUGAGUCGAGUCCAGAGUCGGGCCACGGCGCUUCAGAACAUGGAGGGCGCGCGAGCAGCUCUGUUGGAAGCUAUGACUCCGGCGACGAACGGUAGCGAUGCAGCGGUGGGGGGCAUCACUGCCGAUGAUGUCAAAAUGUUGGAAGACGCGCUCGCGCGCGCGAGAUCAUCAGCUUGGCCGUGGCAGCUGGAUGAACUCAUCGAGAAGGCGGAGAGAGUAUUAGUGCGUUGGCGCAGACUCGAGCGUUUAGAGACCGCCAUUCUAAGUAGAAGCAAAACCGAGCUUCGCUUGGCCCUAGAGGAGGCACAGCGAGACCCCGAUACGACCGAAUUGGAUACGCGUAGGGCUAAGAAGGUUUUGAGUGAACUAGACGCUGAGUCGGCUUUGGAAGGUGGCGAUCAACGUUUGCGAGCGUACUUUGCGGCAAGUAAGGUUGCUUGGUCUACCGGAUCCGUGACGCCGGAAGGAGCUCAGAUGCUGCUGACGCUGCGGGAAAGUCUAGAUAUCACUCAGGCCGAGCACGAGCAGAUCCAGCGCAUGGCAAACGCAGCGAGUGGGACGUUGAAACAGUCGAAGUCAUCCGCUCCGAAGGUGUCUAGCAAGCAGUCGCAGACGGCACUUUUUUCUGGUCGUGACGACGCUGUGCAAGGCCCUUUGUUCGAAUCAGCCGAACCCGAUAUCUCCGCGGAUACCAGUGAAGAGCUUGAUGAAGUCAAAAUUGCAUGGGCGAACGCGGUGGCGGACGAAGAUGGUGUCGGCGAAGUCGCAGGAGAUGCAGCGGAGGAAACAAGUGGUUGGCGCCGCGUCGGUGAUAGCAUCAUCUACAACGAAGAAGAAGUGAUCGGUGUUGGAAGCGCGGGGACGUACGUCUUCCGAGGUUACGUUCGACAUACAUCUCGUGCGCGACAUGCUGUUGCCGUGAAGAGAAUCGCACGACCUCCAGGGGAGAAGGGGCGUGAUCUCGUACAACUCGUUGAGCGCGAGGUUGAGUUGAUGACGGCUCUGAAUCAGUCUCCUCUGGUGCCCUUCUUCCAUUGUUGGGGCAUCACCAGCUCGAACGUAUUCAUCGCGCAAGAGCUCUGUCCGGAGUCCCUUCGUGAGCACAUCGCUCGUCAACCGACGCUAUCCUCGAUCAAGCGCCUCAAGCUGCUCGCAGGUGUCGCCGAGGGAAUCGCGUGGCUUCACGAUGACGAGAAGACGCAAGGGUGCAUUACGCAUAACGAUCUGAAACCGGAAAAUCUGCUCGUGACAUCUAACGGCCACGUCAAGAUCGCCGAUGUCGGUCUCGGCGUGCGGCUUCGCAAAGAGGAAGGCGACGUGGAUCAAUAUUCAUUGGGCACUUUCAACAAGUACGGCGUCUCCAUCAAUCUCGCUGGACGGGCUCCCGAAGUGUUGGCUCGUCGACCACUUACGCCUGCGGCAGACAUAUGGGCCAUGGGCGUCGUGUUCUUCUACAUUCUAACGGGUGGUAACAAUCCAUUCGGCGAAGAGUCCAACGCGAGGCCGAACGACGAGGAGAUCCUGAACGGGCGCUACAAUCUGCAGCGACUCAUGAGUGUGAAGCACCUGACGCCUCGACGCGCCAUCGAAGCGAGGCACCUCUUGUCCGCGAUGCUUUCACCUACUCCCGAGCGCCGUCCGACGGCGGAGGAUGUGCUCAAUCAUCCGUUGCUAUGGGAUGACGACAAAGUCCUGGAGAAAGUGAGCGACUUGCACGCGAGCUCGGCCAAGCUGCAGAUGAGCCUGACGAGCGUGCUGCAAAAUGUCAACACUAAAGCGUUGUUGAGCGGGGAAAGCGAACGAGGCGCUCUUCUCGCCGCGGUUCAGAUGGAUCUUCAAGACUGGCAGCGCCAGAUGGACCCUGCAAUCUUGGCGCGCGUGUGCAACUUCGCACAGCGAACCAACGACACUGGAUCGGCGGGCGUCGAUGCUAACGGCAAAUCAGCGUCUAAAAAACCCACGAAAGGAAGCGGCGAGCACAGCACCAAGUCUUACGGCAGUGGCUUCGCCGAUCUGCUUCGGUUCUGUCGCAACGCCUACGAACAUCCACCGACGACGCACAAGGAGAUCGCACCGAUCAUUCAAAAGCUUCUCGACUCUGCGGACGGAGACCCGAGCGCGCUCCCGACCGGCGUCUCCGCCGACGUCCCAGCCGCGCGACUCACUCGGGAUCAGUGUCGAGCCGUGUUCGCCGCGUACGUCACGAUGACUUUCCCCGGUCUCGCACUCGCCGCGCACGAGUGCGCACGCGCCACCGCCGCCGCCACCGCCACCGCGGCGUCGAGGCGCUGA